AUGAAUACGCCUACCUUUGCCUCGGAAAUGCUCCGACAUUGCAGCUCGAUGUCGAGAUGCUUUGCACUGCCCGCACCGGCGCUCCGUGCGCAAAUCUUUGUCAACGGGUUCCAGUUUGGCAAGUACGUUAACCACGUCGGCCCGCAGACGGAUGUUCUCCUGCCUCAGGGCAUUCUCAACUAUUCUGGGCGCAAUUGCCUCACUAUCACGGUCUGGUCGCAGUCGGCCUCGGCGUGGUCUCGACGAGCUGCAGCUUACCACGGGCGCAAAGCUGGCAACGAGCUAUCACUCUGUCAAGAUGGUGGAGCUAUCUAG